GUUGAAGAGGAGCACGACACAGGAACAGGUCGGUGGAGACAUUUCCUCACACAAAAUAACUCUUUCACCGUUUUUACGCAAGUAACCAGUAUGCUCUCGGGUCAAACUGUUUCACAAUCCUAAAUUAUUGAGGCAUCCAUUUGGAUAGAGAGGGCUGUUCAUCUCCACUUGUAGAGAGAUAAUGGAUCCAGAAAAUGACCCACAGGAAGAGGACACUUUCAGCAACAAAGAGAGCAAUGGCAAGCGUUCCGCUGAGGAUAUGGAGGAGGACAAGCCUCAUAAGCGCUCCCGAAAUUCUGACGACAUGGUGGAGCUUCGAAUUCUGCUACAGAGCAAAAAUGCCGGAGCGGUGAUCGGAAAGGGUGGGAAGUAUAUUAAAGCUCUGCGCACAGAUUACAAUGCCACUGUGUCAGUCCCAGACAGCAGUGGGCCCGAGCGAAUCCUAAGCAUCAGUGCCGAUAUUCCCACAGUAGCGGAGAUAUUACUGAAGGUCAUACCUACUCUGGAAGAGUAUCAACAUCAUAAUGGUGUGGACUUUGACUGUGAACUGAGGCUGCUCAUCCAUCAGAGUCUAGCUGGGAGCAUCAUUGGAGUGAAGGGCGCCAAGAUUAAGGAGCUUCGUGAAAGCACCCAGACCACCAUCAAGCUCUUUCAGGAGUGCUGUCCUCAGUCCACUGACCGCGUGGUGCUCGUGGGGGGCAAAGCGGAGCGGGUGGUGGAGUGCAUUAAAACCAUGCUGGAGCUCAUUGUGGAGGCUCCCAUUAAAGGUCGAGCUCAGCAGUACGACCCUAACUUUUACGAUGAAACAUAUGACUACGGAGGCUUCAGUAUGAUGUAUGAAGAUCGUGGACGUCGGCCUAUGGGCGGCUUCUCCUCAAGGGGGCGUAGCAGCGGCGGAGGCUUUGAUCGGAUGCCCCCCAGCGGAGGCCGUGGUGGCCACCACAUGCAGAACAGGAGAGACUAUGAUGACAUGAGCCCACGCAGGGGCCCCCCUGCUUCCCAGAGAGGGGGGAGAGGAGGGAGUCGUCCUCCACGAAACAUGCCCAUGGGAGCCUCGCACCACAGAAGAGGUGAUGAUCAGUACUCCUACAGCUCCCAGCGUGGCCACAUGGAUGAACGGCGGCAUGGGGAAAGACGAGGGCGCAAUGAUCGUUAUGGAGGCAGCAUGAAUGAUGGAUAUGACAACAGUUCCUCUUGGGAUUCCUCUUAUCAGUCUGGUGGAAGGAGCAGUUACAGUGAAGGUCCUGUGAUCACCACACAAGUCACGAUUCCUAAAGAUCUGGCGGGAUCCAUCAUCGGUAAAGGCGGUCAGAGGAUCAAGCAGAUUCGUCAUGAGUCCGGAGCCUCAAUCAAAAUCGACGAGCCCCUGCAGGGUUCUGAGGACCGCAUCAUCACCAUCACCGGGACCCAAGACCAGAUCCAGAACGCUCAGUACUUGUUACAGAACAGUGCUCUGCACCUCUUGGGACGGCAGAACUAAGCAGCCCUCCUUUCUCAGGACGUCCAUCCGGCUGCAGCUCAAGUCCUGUCCCCACAUGAUGGCCUGACACAUGACGCGUCCGUCUGUCACCUUCAUAGGAAUGAAUCAUAGCAUCGUACGAGCCCGGGCCCUCUGCUUGACCUUGAUUGUGGAUUUUGUGUGAUUGUUCUUUUUCUUUUCUUUUUCUUUUUUAUAAAUAAUAAUUUUAUAUGGGCCAACUCUCACUUCACAGAAAUCCUGGAUGAGCUGAUAACUGCUGUUCAACAGGACAUUGUUGUUGUGUCCCUUUAGGGGUGAAUGUUUAGUGAGUUCUGACACUCUUCCACUAUUCCAAACUCUAGAUCCAGAAUGUACAAAGUCACACAACAAAUAUCCCUUUCUUUCUUUUUUUUUCUUUUCUUUUUUUUUUUUUUUACACCUUGUUUUUCUGAGCGUUCUAAAAUGGCAUUAGAGGAUGAUAUGUAAAUAUCCAAUGAUACGAUGGAAAAUGAUUACUAUGGAUGUAUGAAUACCCUUUCCUUUCUCUGUUCCAUGUGUGUAAUGUUUUAUCCUCAGAAAAACAGAUCAUAUUUUCACCAGGUACUGAAGGCUCGCAGUACUUUUUUUGCAUUUCUUUUCUCCUGUCUUUUGCUGGGUUUUUUAAAUCUAGUGUUGGGAAAAAAGAAAUUGCUCUACCUCUGGAAUUUAUUUGUAGGUCUGCCAUCCUAAAAGAAAGCCCACAAUCAUUGUAUGUUGUUUUUGUUUUUUUAAAGAGAAGGAAAAAAGUGGAUUUGAAGUUUUAUGCUAUAUUGGUGUCAGAGAAGGACAAUAAUUCCCAUGCUCCUAUUCUUUGUUUUAUUUUUCUUAUCUUUAUUUUUUUACUCAAAUUGUAUCAAGUUCUCCAACCAGGCACAUUUGUAGAGUUUGUCAUUUGUCUGAAAUAAUAAAGGACUUGCCAUUUUUUUCCA